CUGCCACUGGUUGUGGUGAGAACGAUGUCUCAGAAUAGUUUAAACAAAACCAGUCAGAUGCUGGUGGUUGGGACCUGCCAGGAGGACUGGGACUUGUUUCUGAGCUGUGUGAAGCAAAGCUCCUCAAGAGAGCAUAAGGGGCCUUGUGGAGACUACGAUGUCACCCUGACGGUGGCGGACAGGGAGGUGACCCUGUGCAGCACCAAGGGCCUUCUCAACCCUGAGCUGAAGGAUGAGGAAAUCAUUGCUGAAUUGGACUCGUUCACCGAUUCGGUUUUGGAUGGCGGACUCCAGGCCUUCCUGCUGGUCAUCCGCGGGGAGGGCUUCGGUCCGAAGGAGCGGCGAGCGGUGGACGUCUUGCGGAUCGCCUUCGGCGACACAGCCUUCAGCCUCCUCCUGGUGGUCUCCCUGGGAACUCCGGCAUCUUCCGCCCUCGCCCAGGAGUUUGAGGAAGGCCUGCUGGAGUUGGUCGACAUCUGCGACGGGCGCUUUUGCCGCCUCAGCGGCGGCAAGGAUGCGACGAGGAAGGCCUCCGACCAGACGGAGGCGCUGCUGGCCAUGGCCGACCACGCGCUGUCGCAGAGCGGCCUGCGGGAGGGCUACACGGCCGACGUGUACGGCGCGGCGCGGCACCAGCGCACGCAGGACGCCGCCAUCGCCAUGCUGAAGGAGAAGCUGUCCGAGGCCGCGGCGAAGGAGGGCGAGGCCACGGAGCGGCUGCGGCAGCACGACGAGGAGCGAGCGAAGGAGCUCGAGGAGCUGAAGAGGAGGCACGAGGAGGAGAGAGAGAAGGAGGAGGCCGAGAGGAAGGAGUGGGAGGCCAAAAGAGAGAGCUGCGCUGAAGCAGUCAGGGGAUAUAAGAGUCUGUUAGACAAAUCUGGGAACAACGCUGUCAAGAGUGGAGGGAAAGGCCAGACUACAAUCGUCUUGUUGGGUCUGUCUGGCAGUGGCAAGACCGCAGCAGCAGACACUAUCCUGACCAGGGCAACAAGCCGAUUCCCGACCAGCCGACUGAGAGAAGAGAGCCGGGGUGCCACAGAGUGCUGUGAGCGCAGGGAGAUCUGUGUGGACGGACACCGUCUGGUCGUCGUGGAUACUCCGGAACUCUGGGAUGAAGAUAACUUUGAGAGGUUGAGUGAUGUGAGAGACUGCCUGGCGCUGUGUCUGCCUGGACCACAUGCCUUUGUGUUAGUUAUGCAGGUGGGACGUUUCACUCAGGGUGAGAGUCAGCUCCUCGCACAUAUCCAGCAGACAUUCGGUGGCAACAUCAUCGAAUACCUUCUCAUCCUCUUCACCCGUGACGACCCCCACGGCACCUUGGGGACUGUGGGCAACAUCGACAGCUACGUGGCCAACGUGCACCCAUCGCUGCAGGAAAUGGUGCGUCUCUGCGGCAGCCGCUACCACGUGCUGAACCACGGAAGCCUCCGGAACCCCGUGAACCACGCUCAGGUGCGGGACCUGCUGGGAGGAGUCCGCAAGCUGGCAGCUUCCCAUGGAGGGAGACCGUAUGUCUGUCCUCGCUUCAGCACCCAGGAGCUGCAGGAGAGGAGGAAAGAGCUGGAGGAGGAGAAGAAGAGAUAGAGACAGGGGAGAGGAGAGAGAGAGGAAGGGAGAAAGAGAGAAGAGGAGGAAGAGGGAGAGGGAGACGAGGAGAGAGCUGGGGGAGGAAAGUGCUGGAGGAGGAGAAGAAGAGAUACAGACAGGGGAGAGGAGAGAGAGGAGAGGAGGAAGAGAGGAGAGGAAGAAGAGGGAGAGAGCUGGAAGGAGAGAGGAAGGGACAGGAGAGAAAAAGAGAAAGAGGAGAGGGAGAAGAUCGGGAAAGGAGGAAGCAGAUGGAAAGGAGGAGAGAAUUGGAGGAGGAGAGAAAGAGAUAGCAACAGAAGAGAAAAACAGAAAGAGGAGAGAGAGAAGAGCAGGAUAUGAGGAGGCAGAGGGAGAGGAGGAGAGAAUUGGAGGAGAGAAAAAGAGGAGAGGAGGAGGAAGAGAUAGACAGGGGAGAGGAGAAGCAGGGGCAGAGAGGAGGAGGAAGAGAUAGUGACAGUAGAAAAGAGGAGGAGAGAGGAAAGAGUGGGCUACAGGAAAAAAGAAAGAGAGGACUGGAGAGAAGGGGAGGACUGAAGGAGACACUAUGAGGAGAGUUGGAGGAGGAAAUAGAGAGCUAGUUGGAAUGGAGAUGGAGGGAGUAGAUGGACAGGAGAGGGAGAGGAGCAGAGAGGAAAGGAGGAGGGGGAAAGGGAAGAGAAAAGGAGAAGGGAGGAAGGGAAUGGAGAGGAGGCGAAGGGAGAGGACAAGAAGAAGAGAGGAGAGAUGAAUGGGGAGAGAAAGAUGAGAGGAGAGGAGAAGGAAAGGAGGAGAAUAUUGGGGGGGGGGGCGAGAGAGCUGCAGAAAGAGAAGACAAUACAAAGAGAGGGAAAUGUGGACACAUGUUGGAGAGAGUCAAAAUGGCAUGACAAGGGAAGUUCAGAUCCAAUGAAUGAACUGUAUGUUCAUGUUUUUCUGCCAUUGCUUUGCUUUGCUAGUUUCAGGGGAGUGUUAUCAGGCUGCUUCUGAAGGCUGUGGCAGUCAUAGAACACCCUUAUCUGCGGGUGACAAAUAACCUCUCAAAUUCAAAGCUAUUUUCUGCUUUCCUCCAAACAAAAUUUAAGGAAGGGAGGACUCUCCCGUAAAUUCCGCUUCAUAUCUUUACUUCAGACUGUCUUGCUUGGUUUCAUAACAUGCCCAAGACAUCCUCCUCUGUAAACAGUAAUAUCCAUGAACAGCGCUGGAGAUUAAAAUAGUGGUUACUGCCUGGAAAACAUCAUCAACAAAACUAGCAACAGUAUGGAUUGUUUU